UAUAAAAUCUAGCUACACCUGCUCCAUCUCGCUAGCCAAUAUAUCCUUCUCCAUUAGAGCAUUCCGUUACCGAACUCAUCAGAAUAUUACCAUCACAGGCAGCCAUCUUCAUCAUCGUCAGAGGAAGAAGAAGCAUGAGCAAUGGCGGCUCUCCUACCUCCUCCCCUUCCGUUUGCUCAAGAUCAUGGUCUAUAAGCGAGGAUUCUCUGAGGAGGUAUGUGAGCUACGCCAGCGAGAGCUGCAUCCAGGAGCUGCUCGCCGCCUCGGACUCCGGACGGGGCGCCGGCGACGGCGAGGACGACGGAUGGAAGACGCUGGCGUACUGCAACGGCGUGGAGAUAUCGAAGCGGCAGUUGGGGACUGGGCAGAUGUUCCGGAGCCGGUGGCUGCUGCACGCCGUCUCGCCGGAGCAGUUCAUGGCCGUUGCCAACGCCGUCGACGCCGCCAAGCAGUGGGAGUCUGACCUCGUUGACGCCACGUACAUCAAGGAGCUGGGAGACGACCUGAGCAUCAUCCACCUCAAGUUCGGCGACGCCUCCAAGCUCUUCCGCCGGCGGGACCUGGUCGUGUACGAGCGGCGGCAGACCAUGGACGACGGCACGCUGGUGGUGGCGGUGGCGUCGCUGCCCAAGGAGAUCGCGGCGGGACUGCUGCCGCGGGACUCCAGGGGCCGGAGCACCGUCGGCAGGGGCCUGCUCCUCCAGUCAGGGUGGGUCGUCGAGAAGCUCCACGACGACGACGGCGCCGACUCCUGCCUCGUCACCUACGUGGUGCAGCUCGACCCGGCGGCCGGGUGGCUGCCGCGCUGCAUCGUCAGCCGCCUCGACAACAAGCUCGUCACCAUCAUCGCCAAGCUCAAGAAGCUCGCGCACACCACCACCUGCACGUCGGCGGCGGCGGUGCACGCGGCCGCAAGUAGCUGCAGCUCCGACGAGGCGUGUGAUCCAGGAGAAUAAAGCGUCUCAAUUCUCUGCUAGUGCGUGCUGUCAUUACUCAUUAGCAAGGAAAAAAAUAGCGCGCUAUAACAAAAUAGCGUGGGUCUAAAAAUACGCUAUUAGCAUGCUAUAGCGUGCUAUUAACGCGAAUAGCGCGCUAUAGCGCCGAAAUAGCGUAGCGUCGGCUCUGCAGAUAUGCUAUAGCGUGCUAUUAGCGUUAGAAUAGCGCGCUAUUUUUUCCAUGGCUCAUUAGGCGUAAGUAAAUACGGUUUUGUAGAUAUAUGCAUGGUGUGUCGAGGUGAUUCACCGUACAGCUUUCAGGGUUGUUGUCAACGCCAUGAAUCUGUACUACGUGAUCCAGCGAGAAUCUGUAGUGUAUACGAUUACGUUCAUUAUUCGGCUUUGCAAACGAUCGACUGCACGCGUGCUUCUAAGUCCUAGCGGCAGUCUAAUAUAGUACUCCA